AUGAACUUCAUUCGCAAGCUGUGCGCCACGUUCAUGGUGCCUACAGCGCUGCAGGAAGACAAACAAUUCUUGCUUUUUAAAGAAAAGGCAAACCAUUUGCCAGGAAGAAAGCUGAAUAUUGGAUUCACCACCAGGGUGAAGCUCAACAAGCUACUGGAUGAUGGAGACAUCACGCCAGAGCAGAUGAAGCAAUUCCAUGAAGCUACCUUGGCAUUUCUGACCAAUGCUGUGGACUUUGCUCUAAAAAAGCUGCCCCUACAAGAGCCACUGCUCAAGCACGCAAAGUUUGUUGAUUUUCGGCAGAGGUUGGAAUGCGGUGUAGAAGAUGCCCUUUACUUUGUUGAGAGUCCUGGAUAUUCAGCAAAGUACACCACAUUCAGCUUGAUGGAUGACAUCACAGACAAAGUUGUACACUUUGAACUGGUGCAAGUUACAGAAUCAUCAAGCUCUGUAGCAAUGGAGUCAACUGGUUUCCGGAGAGCACUCAACAAAAUCCUAGAUGACAACAUUGGAUUAAGUGUGGUGACAACCGACAGAUCCCCAUCAAUUCGCAAGAUAAUGCGAGUAGACUACCAAAACAUUCAUCACGAGUUUGACAUAUGGCAUGUGGCAUUAGUGAUCAUCUUUGUACUGCCUUUUCUGUCUACUUUAACAGUGGGAAUGAUCAUGAAAUAUCAGACUUAUGAAGAGGGCGCUUUAUUCACCGUCAUCGGAAACUUGGCCAAGGACAUGAGCUUAAAUCCCUCAGAUGACGCUAAGACCAAUUUCAAAAUGAUGAAGCAGUUCAACGCAUCUUUUAUUAGGCUCAGAGAAAAAGACGGACAGCUAACAGUUGGAGAACGAAUAGACAGAGAAAAAAUAUGUAAGAAUGUGAUCCAGUGUCUUAUUGCAUUCGACGUUGUGAGUCUCUCGAAUGAGCAAUUUAAAUUGAUUCAUAUUGAAGUGGAAGUAAAGGACAUCAACGAUCACGCUCCUGAGUUCUCUAGAAAGGAAUCAACUUUGGAAAUUUCAGAAAACACACCAGUCGGCACUAGAAUAUCUUUAGAUGUUGCUAUGGAUGAGGACGUUGGUUUGAACUACAUUCAAAGCUACCAAAUAUCUGUCAACAGUCACUUUACUAUUGAAGUGUUGAGCAGAGCUGAUGGGGUUAAAUAUGCAGAGUUGGUGCUAAUGAAAGAACUCGACAGGGAGACACACGCCUUCUAUGUUUUGGAGCUCAUCGCAACAGACGGAGGAAAUCCAUCAAGGUCCAGCACCACAAAGAUCAACGUCAAAGUAAAAGACUUCAAUGACAAUAGCCCUGUGUUCGACCGGAACAAUUUUUCAGUUGAUAUACUGGAGGACUCGCCUGUGGGGUUUCUGCUUUUGGACUUAAAUGCGGUUGAUCCAGACGAUGGAUUGAAUGGGGAAGUUGUAUAUGGGUUCGGAAAUCAGGUGCCCUUGGAGAUCCGACAACAUUUCAGCGUUGACCGAAAAUCCGGGAAGUUGACGCUCGAGAGUCCGAUUGAUUUUGAGAGCAAGAAAACAUAUGAGUUCGAUAUACAGGCAUCUGACUUGGGUCCUAAUCCGAGCCCAUCCAUCUGUAAAGUUGUUGUUAACGUGCAGGAUGUGAAUGACAAUGCACCAGAAAUCACAAUUACACCACUACAUUACAUCACUAUUGGCUCAGUCACAGCGGAAAUAGCGUACAUCACCGAGGAUGUAGCUAAAGAAAGCUUUGUGGCUCUGAUCAGCACGGCGGACAGGGACUCGGGCGCAAACGGACAGAUUCACUGUGCUCUCUAUGGGCACAGUAACUUCAAACUCCAGCAAGCUUAUGAGGACAGUUUUAUGAUUGUAACGACAUCUCCACUUGACAGAGAAAAAAUUGCGGAGUAUAACUUAACGGUUGUUGCCGAAGACCUGGGAUCACCUUCCUUAAGAACAAUUAAGCAAUAUACUAUAAGGUUGAGUGAUGAGAAUGACAACGCGCCUGUUUUCAGUAAACCUGUCUAUGAAGUGUCCUUGGUGGAGAACAAUGCACCAGGUGCAUAUAUCACAACUGUAUUGGCCAGAGACCCCGACUUAGGGGAAAACAGCAAAAUCAGCUAUAAGCUCCUGGACACCUACAUCAUAGGCUCUCCGGUGUCAACUUUUGUCUCUCUGGAUUCUGAAACGGGCUCGCUCUAUGCGCUCAAAAGUUUCAACUACGAGGUCCUCAAACAGCUACAGCUACGUAUUCAAGGAAGUGACGGAGGCUCGCCACCACUCCAAGGCAGAGCAAUCAUCAAUCUAAAAAUUGUUGACCAGAAUGAUAACGCUCCCUCUAUCACGCUGCCUGCGCUGAGUAAUAGUUCUGCCGAGGUUAUGCUACCCAAAAACGCACCUUCAGGUUACGUUAUAACCCAGAUACAUGCUAGGGAUGCGGACGAAGGCGUCAACGCAGAAUUGUCAUUCAGAAUCUCAGAGGGCGUCUCCUCUGUGUUCUCCAUUAAUAGAGCCACCGGAGAAAUUUAUCUGAAUCGUGAACUCAACUACAAAGUUUACGAGAGCUUGAGAAUAACAGUAAGUGUCAGUGACAAUGGAAGACCUUCACUAACUACAGUAGUCAUUAUCGAUUUCAAGAUCAUUGCAGGAUCUCCUCCCAGUGACCGCAAUAUAUUCAGGCACAGAACUGACGAAGAGAUUCGGGAAGGGGAUUAUUCACUCGUUAUAAUUGUGGUACUGGCGGGGAGCUGCACACUACUACUUUUAGCCAUUAUUCUCAUUGCAACUUCUUGUAAUAAACGAAAGGUGAAUAAUCAAGGAGACAGACAUUCUGGAAAUGAGGACAGAGUUAAAGCGGACCACAACGACCCACUAAUUCCAAUUCACAGUGGCAUCAUGUUUGAUAUUCAACCUUACUCAAAAAAAAAAAAAACUUUUUCUGGCUUCAUCCAGACAGGCAGUGAUAUUUCCUGCAGUUCUGAAGAUGGUACGUGUGUCUGUGAUGUAAAGGACAAAAGCCGCGGAGUCAAGUCAGAAGAUUAUUCCACUCUACCUGGUUAUGGUAAAGAUGCUCUGAGACUUACAAAAAUUUGGAAAGGCACAUCAACCAUAGCAGCACGAGACCCUCAAUUCAGUGGAAAGGACAGCGGGAAUGGAGACAGCGACUUCAAUGACAGUGAUUCAGAUCCAAGCGGCGAUGGACCAAGAAAAGACGAUCAUCAAAACAACGUUCAAAAUGGUCUGUGGGCAUGCACAAGCAAGUGCAAGAUCUUGGGCCAUUCAGACGACUGCUGGUGUCCCACUGCUGCCAUGACAAACAGCACUUUAGCACAUUCGUUUGCUAAGACAGGUUCACUUCAACGAGACACCCUUGGGAGGGAAAACUACCAAGCCCACAUUCCAAAAACAGAGGGAUUGCAGAAUGUCUGUGAGAAAGUAAUGGACAGAGAAUAUGACUAUAUAACUAUAGUUCAUUCACCUCAACAAGGCAGGCUACAUUAAAUGAACAAUAUUACAAUCCCAAUUAUGUGCAGCACAUUGUAUGUCACAGACCGGGGGUGGGGAGAAACCACGACCCGUACCAACUACCACUCUGAGGAGCUACACCAGGAACACCACGAGGCUGGACACAAGACGGCAGUGGAUCUCAGGAGCUCAGGCAAGGGGACCUUCAGGAUCACGGUGGAGCUCAAGACGGGCUACAAGUGUCUCCAGAAGAGCAACUCCAUACAACGUGAGGACCGGCGUUUCCUACUCCUUCCAGACGGCAGUGGAACUCGGGAGCUCAGGCAAGGGGACCUUUAG